AUGUGGCCCUUCAAGACCCUGCCCUCGGACGAAGCUGAGGGAAAAAGGUUCGACCGUGAAGUGAAGCGUUUUUCGGUACGCUUAGACUUCUGGUUCAAGAUACUUACUAUCAUCCUCGCGCUCACAAGCUUCAUCUUUGUGUACACGGUGCCUAGUGCGACUACAAGACACGCCAUGUCUCGCAUUGAGCAAGACGUCCAGCAGCUCAACUAUAGACUCAAUAACCUCAAUACGAUCGUUGAAACACACGGGGAAGAGAUCAAAGAACACGGGGACAAGAUCAAAGAACACGCGGACGAGAUCAAAGAACACGGGGACAAGAUCAAAGAACACGCGGACAAGAUCAAAGAACACGCGGACGAGAUCAAAGAACACGGGGACGAGAUCAAAGAACACGGGGACGAGAUCAAAGAACACGGGGAAAAGAUCCAAAAGACCUCUACCUUUGAACAACUUUACGGCGUGGCAAAAGAUGUUGCAAGUCAGGAUACAAAGCUUCGAGUCCUCAACACUAAACUUGAUGAGCUCAUUCAUACCUCCCUCAACCACAAAAAACAACUUGAAGACGUAGCCGCGCUUCAUUCAGAUGUUCAAGUGCUCGAAGCUGGGCUCAAAGUGUUGACUGACGGCAACAAAGGUGUCGAGGCUUAUCAGAAGUUCCUCUCCAAGAUGCAACGUAGACAUGGCGAGCUCUAG